CAUGCGCAGUGAUCUUCAAGACCGCAAUUCUCUUCCUUUCGUGUUCACGAUAAUCUUCUUGCAUACAUUUAAACCUGUUUCUGCUCGAAUGUUUAUAUAAUAUUGUCCUCAACCACAGCUUGCUGCAAUGCAAGUCCUGUCCGAUGAAUGCACUAGGACUACAUAGCUUACAGCUUACAUAUUGUCACUUGCGAACCCUAGAUGAUUUGUGCUUUCACCAUAACACUUUGUUUCGGGAUCGAUUUAUUUAAAGCCUAUAUUGACUAGGUAUCAAGUAUUGUAAUGCAUUUCUUAAAAAAAUGUUCUGUGUUUAAGAUGGUGCUGAGUGCUCUUCUUAUUGUUGCACUGUUGCAGCUUUUAUAUCUGUCUUUCCUCUCAAAAUUCCAUGGCAAACAGCAGCGCUACAAAUAUUCUGAGCUCUUCGGCUCCAAAAAAGCUUCACAGCCAGCGGAGAAGAACCCAAGACGAGAACAUUUCAGAUACUCCUUAUCCACUGGCGGUAUCUUUGACGGAAGCGGGCAAUAUCGUGUGUAUAAGAACCUAAUCAAAAGUGACUUUUUGACUAAUCAGAAGCCAGGAGCAGAUCCGAGAUCACACCACUUGGCUUUGGCCACUCAUACAACUAUUAAUAACCUUUAUCACUUGAACUCAUUGUUGGAGCGCUGGCAGAAUCAUCUGUCAGUGGCUAUAUUUGCUAAUAACCAAGAUGUAAAGUUUGCCACAGCAUUCAUCUAUGCCCUCAGCAUCUUUUGCCCUCAGAUUAAAGCUCUGGUGGACUUCCAUCUGGUCUGCCACUCGGGGGAGAUUGCCAGCUUUCCAGAACAGGACCGAGAGCAUUUUGCUGGGCUUGAGGAGAAAGGGUGUCCCGGUGUCUUCGCAAAGCUUGAAUCCUAUCAAGACAAGUAUAAGAACUAUGCCAUCGGCGCCAAUGUCUCGUACCCCAACAAUCUACUCCGCAACGUGGCACGUAGUGGCACAGAUGCUGCCUACAUCUUGGUGAUUGACAUUGACAUGAUCCCAAGCGCUAAUUUACACCACCAGUUUGUGACUUUGCUGAUGAGAAAAGAACCGGCUGCCGACGAAGUCCUCGUGCUUCCUGCUUUUGAAAUCAGACAUACUCGCAAGAUGCCUGCGUCAAAAGCUGAACUGUUGCAGCUCUAUCAGGUUGGGGAGGUGCGACCAUUCUACGAUGAACUUUGCCCUCGUUGUCAGGCUCCCACAAACUACUCCCAGUGGGUCAAUCUGCCCAGCAAAAGCUCUGGGCCUCUGGAGAUGGCAUAUACCAUAAACUGGGCGGACCCAUGGGAACCUUUCUACGUUGGAGCGCGAUCUGUCCCUCUCUAUAAUGAGAACUUCAGGCAAUAUGGUUUUAACCGCAUCAGUCAGGCUUGUGAACUUCACAUAGCCGGUUACAGAUUCUCUGUGGUGAGCAAUGCUUUUGUAGUGCACAAAGGGUUUAAGGUCCAGGGAGAGUUCCAUAGCAGAAAAGAUGAGGAGAACCGUAAAAACCGCCUUCUCUUCCGAAGCUUUAAGGAGAGUCUGAAGGCCAAGUAUCCCCACUCACCUCGCCGCUGCUAAGAGAAAGCUUAUUAAAGAUGUACAAGUCUACACUACACUGCAAUCAAACCCUAAUAACUAUUCUUCCAGGAGAACUGCAGGAAACUGGAACCUUAAACUUUGUUUGUACAAUUUCUAUUAAAGUUGUUGAGAAAAAACUAGCACAGCUGGACCGAUAUAUUGUUCCUGUUCUAGAUAUGGUGGUUUUUUUUGUAAAUUGAUAUGAUCUAUCAGGCUUUUUUCGUACUACUGAAACAAAUGUUUAGGUUAUUUUUGUUGUAUUACUGAACAGAUUAGUUUUUUAUACACAAAUGUUUGUGUUCAAAUUGAUUCUAAGAGCAACAGGCUUUGUCUUGCUAUCUUUAGAAGUAAGUUAUUUAUUUUGAUUGCAAGUUCAACCUCUUUGAAAAUUAUUGUGUUUAUUCUUUGCGUAAUUUUAAUAUGAAAAAUGUAAUGUCUACCAUACAGAUUCUAUACAAACUGCAUAAAUGAGCGAUAGUUGAUGUUGUGACUGUAUCAGUUUAUGUGUUUGCAUUACUGACAAGACAACAGUUUUUUUCUGACUCGUGGGUUCAGGGUAUAAAGCAAAAUAAGGUUAAUGCAGAAGUUUGCUGAUGUAGAAACUGUAGUCACCACAUUGUCACAAGCAAUACUGAUACUUACAUUAACUGGCAAUAUGAAUAGUAUUAGAUGUGAUAUUGAUAUGAUAUAAUCUUAGCCUGAUUUGAAUGCAGUAUUAUUUUGUUUUGCUUUUUUUGGUAUAUUUAUUUAGUGCUGUGUAAUAAUAAUGUUAGCAUGAACAUUAUGUUUAAACACUGAAGAAAUGUUUUCAACAAAGGAACAUUUUUGGUACUACGGAAAAAGAUUGUAAAGUUUUUUAUAUAAUAUUAUAAUGUAUUAUCUUAACACUUACAGUUUAUGUUUAAAUUAAUAAAUGUGUUGUUUCAUAUUUUUA